AAAACAUAUUGCAAUACUCGAUGCUCGUCUUCUGAUUCCCCCUCCGCAUGCUGCUCUCAUACCUACGAAAAGGAAGCCUACGUGCACCCCAACCCACUUCGGCAUGCCUACGAGUGAGCUCACGCCUAGCUGCCGCGGGAUCCCCACCCGGGCUUCGCUAGCUGUCGGUCUAAAACGCUCACUCACUCUGCAGCAGACACCUCUCAGCCCAUGUUUCGUUGAAGCAACUUGUCGAGACGCUGGAGGGGCACGAGCUCGCCAAAGGAAGAUUCUAUGCGCGAGGAAGCAGCAUCGUUACAUUUUGCCAUGGUCAGUUGCCAGAGCAUGAGGUCGAAAGCCGUCCCCCCUUAGCGAUGGCGGAACGCCCGGCUAUGCCAGCCGACCGAGCCUCUAAUCGAUACGCGCCGGCCGUGGUGGCUAUUGCGCGAUUGCCUAGCUUCGUGGGCGCAAACGGCAGCUAUAUCUCUCAACACCCUCGUCGCUUUAGCAGGCUAUACCGAGUACGUCCCUGCCGCGCCUCAAGGGCUGAUUGACUAGCUGGGAACAUGCCCCAAGCUCCUGAGUACCAUCAAUGUCUCACUUCGUCAAGUUGGCACCUGACCGCUGGGGGCGAUGUUUUCAAGCCACGGCCGGGAUAUGGCCUGGCCGCCAAGGCUCUAUUCACUGAAGAACAACACCAACCCCCAAAGAAUACCAAAUCCUCGAGGGACGGCGUUUGGGAAGCAAUCACAGACUCGAAAUACGCGCUCAGGUCUAGGCAGACGUCCCCCUAGGGAUCCAGGUUGGAUCGCAUCGCCAUAAACUGUCGACUUUCUACUCUGGUGGAAGAGACUUGAAUCGACGAGGGUCUAAAAUUAGUUAGACCUGGGGUGCUACGAUAGAGUUGUACGAGAUAACAAUGAACCUUGCAAGGCAUACUCGGUGGCGGUGGUAUCCCCACCAGCCUCCUCUACAAAAGUACAAAGAGCACCGCACAGGUCAGUCCACACGACCUCGCUACAGCUCUUACUGCUUCCCUGGUGUCAACCAUGACCUCGACGCCUGACAGACGUAUUUUGACACCUCGCAGUCGAACGUCUGCCUUCCAGCGGAGCCCAGCAUUUGCAGAUGUCAAUUCAUUCGUUUUGAAGGUGAAUCUUGACGACGCUCCGAAGACUCCCUCUCCAGCUACACCCCAGUUGGAGUGGUCUGAAUCGCCGCCAGCGACUGAGGACCCUCCCACUCCUGCAAAUAACUUCGAGCCUGACAAUCUCACACUCUUUCCGGAUUCUCCUCUCGCAGCUCGCAAGACCGUUCUCGAACAAAACGUUAUCCCUCUGUAUACCCCUUCGCAGCCUGAUUCAGAUGUGCCGGAGCAACUAUUGUCACAACUACACAGUGAGACCGGUCGAAGCAAACGGCUUUUCCAGAAUGAGCUCUCCAGGGCGACUUUGGACGCCUCCUCUCAGCUGCCAUCACUCCCCUCAAGUGGCCGUCCAUCUAAUCCUGCUCAGCCCUUGAUCAAGGUUGAAGAAGAGGAAGAGUUGUCCUUGAAAACAUCCCUACAACCUUUCUAUAUCAGCCCCAGUCAAACUGCAUAUCGCAAUGAUCCCGCAGGCAGGGUCGCUGCCGUUGCGGUUGGCAUCAAACAAGAAGAUCGUCCGGUUUUAUCUGACGACUUUGCGGCCACUGCAACUCUGGCCGACACGGUCGCGACCACAUCCGCAACUGAACCUUCUCCUCAGCACUCUGAGAAGAAGAAACCUUUAUCACUCUCGUUAGUAUGGUCAUUGACCACGAAGCUGUCCACCAUCUUGCCUUUUGAGGCAGUUGAAAGAUUCGACUCCAAGCCGCUGCAAUGCGUUGCAACAACAAAGGAGGGCGAAAGAUGCCAAAGGUCGGUCGCGCUUACAGCGCAUAAAUCCUUUAGCACGGAACUGCGAACGGCACUCUCGUCAUUGGAACGCUCGUUCGAUUUUGGAGCCUUUGCAGAACAUAUGGGCCCACUAAUUGAAGGUAUAUUAUGUGCACAGUCGCACAGAAAACCGGCUAGGAAGUGUUUGGAAGAAUUAUGCUCCUACUCCUGGCGACCACGGGAUAUAGCCACCACGAAACCACACCAAGCCAAGGCUAUUGCAGACGGCAUUGAGAGUAUAUUCAGACUCUGGACCGCGGCUUUGGUGAUACCUCCGACAGCUGCCGAAGAAACGCCCGUCCCAAUAAAGGAAGAACUUGUUGCUGUGCGAAGCACACCUUGCUCUGCAUCUGCCCCGUCUGCACCGGAAACGGAACUGGAAUCUACGGCCUUUCACUAUGCCAGUCCGAAAGCAACGGUAACGUCAAACGCCACGAAGCUGCAUGCCACAGAUAAAAAUUCCACUAUAGCAUUGGGAGGAAUAGCAACUAGGACCACAUCGAAGCCGACUCUUCAGUCGACUCACUUGAACCACAAAUUUGAGAAGUUUCGUUACUCUAAGGAAAAGCGAAACGCUACGCCCCAGGAAUUGAUUCGCCAGACCCUUCUGAAACCCUUAACGAAGGCAGACAUGCGGCGUUCAGGAUUUAUAUACGUCUUCUGGCAUCCGGGCAGCUUGGGUUACGUCAAAAUCGGCUACGCUACGGACGUGGAGGAGAGACUUAAAAGGUGGCGAGGGCAAUGUGGAUUCGAGCUCGAGCAGCACAAGAGUCAAGAAUCGAGGCCCAUCGCGCGGGUCCGCCAUUUACACCGAGUCGAGUCGCUUAUUCACGCCGAACUCAAAGACUACCGGGUGUUCGAGCCACGGUGCAGGGGGUGCGGGAUAAGCCAUAAGGAGUGGUUCGAGGUCGACCCGAACUAUGCUCUGAAGGUAGUGGAAAAAUGGACCAGUAGGUCUCUUUACUCUGGGGGCGUUUUGGAUCCCAGUAUCAUGGAGGAAAUUGACAACCUGUGCGAACUGACCAAAGCCGAGACCUACCCUCCACGGCAACAUCCCAAAAAACAUCCCAAAAAGCCCACACGGAAGCAUAGUGGUCGCCAUCGUAAUUCAAAGUAAUGCUACUGCAGCACAAGGUUUGCUCUGUUGGCUUGAGCGAAGGUUGGACCGUUAGAGACGGAGAGACAAAAUAGUCGACGUUGAGGUUGUUUCAUUUGCCAAUUUAACCGCAACGGACAUCACGUAUUCUUGCAGAGGAUAUCUUCAUUCGUCGUGUAUAAGAUGCUUUAUAUCCGGCCGAGGAUACAAAGGACGACGGAUAUAGCGGAUUCAAUCUAUCGCCGGCGUUCUGGUGAGUUUGUCCUUUUAGGGUUCCUCCUCGGGCACGGCCAAAAGCCAAAUGAGACCGACGUCCAGAGAUUGAAAAGGUGAGAGAUAGCAGUUCGUGGGUACAAAACCGGCACUGUCAGUUCUGUAUCUGCAAUAUCUCUCUGGCUCUUGUCGAGCUUGGACGGGGUCGGGCAACCGAGAGACACGGGAAGAAAGCAAGACGCGACUGGCACGACAGGUCUUCGAAUCCUGCG